AGAAGAUACUGAGGUCUCAUGAUACCCCGUCUCAGCGAGUUCAGUUUAUCCUUGGGAUGGAGGAGGAUGAAGAGCACGUUCCCCACGAUUUGUUCACGGAAAUGGACGAAAUCUGCAUGAAAGAGGGCGAAGAUGCGGAAUGGAAGGAGACGGCAAGGUGGCUGAAGUUUGAGGAAGAUGUAGAAGAUGGAGGGGAGCGUUGGAGCAAACCGUAUGUGGCUACUCUCUCUUUACACAGUCUCUUUGAGCUGAGGAGUUGCAUCAUCAAUGGAAUUGUUCUUCUGGACAUGUGUGCAAACAGCAUAGAAGAAAUUGCAGACAUGGUUCUGGAUCAACAUGAACCUUCCAGUGACCUUGACGAAGUCACCCGUAAGAAGGUCCGGGAAGCUCUUCUGAAGAAGCAUCACCAUCAGAAUGAGAAGAAGAGGAACAACCUGCUCCCAAUUGUCCGCUCUUUUGCUGAGGCUGGCCAGAAAAAGUCGGAUCCUCACUCAAUGGAUAAGACUGGAAUGCACACACUGUCUCUCCAGACUCCUUCUGGUAGCCUAGAAGUGAAAAAUGGACCAAGCCAUGAUACUACUCCAACAGACCUCAGCAAGGCAGAGCUCCAUUUCAUGAAGAAGAUCCCCAUCGGAGCGGAAGCCUCAAAUGUUCUUGUGGGGGAGCUGGAUUGUCUGACACGACCCAUCGUCGCUUUGGUGCGCUUAACGCCAGCGGUUCUGCUGUCCGGAAUGACAGAGGUUCCAAUCCCUACCCGAUUUCUGUUCAUCCUGCUGGGCCCAGUAGGGAAAGCACAGCAGUACCACGAGAUUGGAAGAUCAAUGGCGACCCUCAUGACAGAUGAAAUUUUUCAUGACGUUGCUUACAAAGCGAAGGACCGUACUGACAUUUUAGCCGGGAUUGAUGAAUUUCUAGACCAGGUGACUGUGCUACCGCCUGGAGAAUGGGAUCCAUCAAUUAGAAUUGAACCACCGAAAAAUCUCCCUUCCCAGGAAAAGAGAAAGAUGCCCGGGGCGCCAGGAGUCCCCAAUGGAAGCACUUGCCAUGUUGAACCAGAAGAUCAUAGUGGGCCAGAACUCGAGAGAACAGGAAGGCUGUUUGGUGGUUUGAUCCUGGAUGUGAAACGGAAAGCUCCUUGGUUCUGGAGUGACUUCAGAGAUGCUAUGAGUUUGCAGUGUUUAGCUUCCUUCCUCUUCCUGUACUGUGCCUGUAUGUCUCCUGUGAUCACCUUUGGAGGUUUGCUUGGAGAAGCAACAGAGGGGCGAAUUAGUGCAAUGGAAUCCUUAUUGGGUGCCUCCAUGACGGGUGUGGUAUAUGCCCUCUUUUCGGGUCAGCCACUCACUAUCCUGGGGAGUACCGGACCAGUGUUAGUCUUUGAGAAAAUCUUGUUCAAGUUCUGCAGAGACUACGGGCUUUCUUAUCUUUCCCUGCGAAGCUGCAUUGGUUUGUGGACUGCUUUCCUGUGCAUCCUCCUUGUGGCCACGGAUGCCAGCUCUCUCGUCUGCUACAUCACUCGCUUCACGGAAGAAGCUUUCGCAUCCUUGAUCUGCAUCAUUUUCAUCUACGAGUCUCUAGAAAAACUGCUCAGCCUGGGGCACACCUACCCAAUAAACAUGCACAGUGACCUUGACCAGCUAAGCUUGUAUUACUGCAGAUGCAUAGCCCCCCAGAAUCCCAGCAAUUCCACCCUGAACUACUGGCAUGCCAACAACAUAGUUCCUUCUGCAGUUCCAUGGGCUAAUCUCACAGUCUCUGUAAGUCUUUGUGCUGCCCCCCCCCACCCCCCCCCCCCCCCAGGAGAUGAGAAAUGGCAAAACUGUAAAAAAAAAGUUUGGAAUUUUGCAUCUCACACACAAAAUGAUGUUGUAUUCACAUUUAUUUAUGGUAAAAUCAGGAGUGUUAUUACCAUAUAUACUCGUGUAUAAGUCGAGUUUUUCAGCACAUUUUUUGUGCUGAAAAAGCCCCCCUUGUCUUAUACACGAGUCAGGUGUAUUUU